UAGAAACACUGGAAUCAUUUAUGCAUUGCAGUUUCUCUCCCUCUCUCUCUCUCCCUCCCUCCUCCUUAGGAUAUUUUGGGUAGAUUGUGGUUAUUAAUCAAGACCUCCUGUGAUUUGUUGUUCACUUGUCAUUUUCACUGAAGAUUAACAUCAUUCAGGACAAACCGGCAUCUGAUCUCCCACCCCCUUUUUAUUUGGAGUUUUUAUUACUGUUAUUUUUAUUAUUUUAUUUUUUGCCCGGGGGGAGUGCUAGGACCCAGGAGACAUCCUUUCAAACAGCAGGGGCUGUGUGCUUUCCACAUAGCAGUACAGUACAAGGAAAACCCCAUCGGAUCCGUUAUUGCAGGAUACUUGUGAAAUAUACCUAGGAUUCUUUCUUUCUUAUGGCUGCAUCCUGGAUCUGGAAAUUUUGCAUGUGCAGCAAGAGGCUUUGAAGGGCUAGACGCACAGAGAUUUGCAAUCAAGAUUCCUUUUCUUGUCCUAGAGCUCACAGACUUGUGUGGUUCUCAGUCUUCUCCUCUUCAUUCCCUCCCCCUUCUCUUGUCACCCCCCUCCCCCGCUCUUUUUUUUUUUUAUUCUGCUUUACACCUGGAUCGUAUCUUCCGCGAGCAAACUGGGCACUUUCAGAACUAACGGGGGCGAAUCUUGCAGGGAAUCUAAGUCUAUAUGGAAUUAUCUGCUUUGAUGGUGAACUUGGCACUUGUGAAUGGGCAUCUGGUUCGAAUUAUUAAUUGCUAGCAAAAAAAAAAAAGAGGAGUAAAUAACGUGGAUUCACCGAAUACGCAUUGUGAUGACCAGCAAUUACCUUAUUGACUGAUAUCAAGAUCAGAAUAUUUUGGAAGACUAUUGUGGGGAGCAGCGUUUAAGAGCUGGAAGAUGAAAGCUCCUAUUCCACACUUGAUCCUCUUGUAUGCUACUCUAACUCAGAGCUUGAAGGUUGUGACCAAAAGGGGCUCAGCUGAUGGCUGCACUGACUGGUCUGUGGAUUACAAGAAGUAUCAAGUUCUAAUGGGAGAGCCUGUUCGUAUAAAAUGUGCAUUAUUUUAUGGCUACAUCAGAGCAAAUUACUCUCUAGCACAAAGUGCUGGCCUUAGUUUGAUGUGGUACAAAAGCUCUGGACCUGGAGAUUUUGAGGAACCUAUAGCUUUUGAUGGGACUAGAAUGAGUAAAGAAGAGGAUUCUAUUUGGUUUCGGCCAACAGUUGUGCAAGACAGUGGUCUUUACGCAUGUGUCAUCAGAAACUCUACUUACUGUAUGAAAGUAUCCAUUUCGCUGACAGUGGGUGAAAAUGACACUGGACUUUGCUACCAUUCAAAGAUGAAGUACUUUGAAAAAGCUGAACUUAGCAAAAGCAAGGAAAUCUCAUGCCCUGACACAGAGGAUUUUUUAAGUCCAUAUAAAGAGCCUGAAAUCCUAUGGUAUAAGGAAUGCAAGGUAAAAACAUGGAGACCGAGUAUUGUGUUCAAAAGGGACACUCUCAUCAUCCGGGAGGUUAGAGAAGAUGACAUUGGAAAUUACACUUGUGAGUUAAAAUAUGGACUCUUUGUUGUCAGAAGAACUACAGAAUUAACCGUUACAGCACCACUUACAGAUAAACCACCAAAGCUUUUGCACCCUUUGGAAAGUAAACUGACGAUUCAGGAGACCCAACUAGGCAAUUCUGCUAACCUAACCUGCCGAGCUUUCUUUGGAUAUAGUGGGGAUGUCAGUCCUUUAAUUUACUGGAUGAAAGGAGAGAAGUUUAUUGAAGAUUUGGAUGAAAAUCGGGUCUGGGAAAGCGAUAUAAGAGUUAUUAAGGAACAUCUUGGAGAACAGGAAGUUUCUAUCUCAUUAAUUCUUGACUCUGUGGAAGAGGGGGACCUGGGAAAUUACUCAUGUUAUGUUGAAAAUGGAAAUGGACGCAGACAUGCCAGCAUUCUUCUACAUAAGAGGGAACUGAUGUAUACAGUUGAGCUUGCUGGUGGGCUUGGUGCUAUUCUGCUGCUGCUUGUUUGUUUAGUGACUGUCUACAAGUGUUACAAGAUUGAGAUUAUGCUCUUCUACAGGAAUCAUUUUGGAGCUGAAGAACUAGAUGGAGACAACAAAGAUUAUGAUGCAUAUCUAUCCUAUACCAAAGUGGAUCCAGACCAGUGGAAUCAAGAAACUGGGGAAGAAGAACGAUUUGCUCUUGAGAUCCUACCAGAUAUGCUUGAAAAGCAUUAUGGAUACAAGUUGUUCAUACCAGACAGAGAUUUGAUUCCCACUGGAACUUACAUUGAAGAUGUGGCAAGAUGUGUAGACCAAAGCAAGCGUCUGAUCAUCGUCAUGACUCCAAAUUAUGUGGUAAGGAGAGGCUGGAGCAUCUUCGAACUGGAAACAAGACUUCGGAACAUGUUAGUCACAGGAGAAAUUAAAGUGAUACUGAUUGAAUGCAGCGAACUCCGGGGAAUUAUGAACUACCAGGAGGUUGAGGCCCUGAAACAUACCAUCAAGCUUCUAACUGUCAUUAAAUGGCAUGGACCAAAAUGUAACAAGUUGAAUUCUAAAUUCUGGAAACGUUUACAGUACGAAAUGCCUUUUAAGAGGAUAGAACCCAUCACACACGAGCAGGUUUUAGAUGUCAGUGAGCAGGGGCCCUUUGGGGAACUGCAGACUGUCUCAGCAAUUUCAAUGGCUGCUGCCACCUCCACUGCUCUUGCCACUGCCCAUCCAGAUCUGCGCUCCACCUUUCAUAAUACGUAUCAUUCACAGAUGCGCCAGAAACACUAUUAUCGAAGCUAUGAAUACGAUGUACCUCCUACUGGCACCCUGCCUCUUACCUCAAUGGGUAACCAGCAUACCUACUGCAACAUCCCUAUGACACUUAUCAAUGGGCAGCGGCCGCAGACAAAAACUAACAGAGAGCAGAAUCCAGAUGAGGCUCAUACAAACAGUGCAAUACUGCCCCUCUUGCCACGGGAGACCAGUAUAUCAAGUGUCAUAUGGUGACAGAAAUGCAAGGGGGGCCCUCACCCCCUGGAAUAGAAGCUAAGUGUGCAGUCUGGUGCCUGGAACUACAUCCUCGACUGCUGCUGUUAAACAUGCAUUACAAUCUAUAAAAUACGAGGAAAAACAGGGUCUUGUACAUAUGUUUUUGCAGUUUCUUUGUAGCAUCAGUCUUCCUGUUUUACCCAUGUCUCUUGCCAUUCACAUUUUUGACUUUGUUUUAUACGUCAUUGGAAUUUGUAUAUUACCGUUUUUUUUUUUUUUUUAAUGAAGAGACUGCUGUAUAGAUAGGAAAUCUUUUUUGCUCCAUUAGAAUAGUUUUAGAAUUUUUUUUAAACAUUUCUUGGGAAUGCUUGGUCGAAGCUAUGUUAAUAUCAGAAGCACCAUCCAUUUUGUUGGCCUGCCUAGCCUGAUACAUGAAGGCCAUGCCUGCUGCAUUUCACCAUUGUGAAGAACCUUUGUUCUUAGGAGGACCCCGCAAAUCAUUCUGAGCUCCAAUUUCAUUA